AUGACUAUGCUAGAGCAGUUCAAUAACGGAAGCAUCCCUCAGAGGCUAGACAAUCACAUAUUUUUCGGCUCCAUACAUUCACUGACGCAUACAGAUUUCCUAUUGGAGAACAACGUUAGGUUUCUCAUAAACGUCGAUAUAUCCACUGAAAUACUAUCACACAUCUAUCAUGAGCUUCGCUCCAACUUGCUCGAUGAAGUAAUCGUCGUGAACAUUGACAAUGACUCUCACGUACCAAUGGAUAAUGAUCUGGUGCGUUCCUAUCAUUGGCACAAUACCUCUCUUUUACAACAAUUGAUUUAUCAUCUGGACUUCCUCGGCAAUAUUAAUAACAAUGGUGAACCACUAACCCCACCGCCUGAAUCUCACUACAGAAAUGCAUAUGUUCAAUUCGACGAUUCCAAUGAUUCAGCAUCGACGCUGGAUAGGCUUCUAUACGGCAACAAGUCAGAAUAUUCUCGUACGAAUAUUUUUCAGGUCGCCAACGAAGCCAAAUUUCAAGUCUUCAACGAUCUAAUCACCAUCUUUAAAUCCUCCAUCGCUCAAAAUGGAAACGCCAACGGCAACAUACUUGUCCUCUCGGAGAACGGUAGCCACGAUGAAAAUUUAAUAAGUCUGUUGAUGUCCACCGUUUUGAAAGAAAACCCGACCUUCAAUGUUUAUCAGGCUCUGCAGUUUGUUAAAUCCAUCGCACAAAUUCCCGAUAUGGUAAGAGAUGAAAAAAUCUUAUGGGCCACAGGGUUCAUCAACUAUCAAGAACUGAUCAAAAAGAAUGAAAUGUAUUGGGGAUUGGGUUCCCAAAAGGGUCUCAAACCCACGUCAUUUGCCUCUCCAAUAUCUAACAUGGAAAGGAAGCAAAGGAGACGCGACGACUCAAACAUCAUUAGAUCUGCACUGCCACAAAAAGAACAUAACUCGUUUCGCUCGAUAGAGAGGCCUAAAAGGGCUCGCUGCGAUUAG